AUGGCAAGCCCAACUACUGGCUUCUCGAUAAAUGUCAACGAUCCCAGCUUGAUCUCGCUGGUGAACAAGCUGCAGGAUGUCUUUGCGACGGUUGGAGUUCAGAACCCCAUCGAUCUGCCCCAGAUUGCCGUCGUCGGUUCGCAGUCCAGUGGAAAGAGUUCCGUUCUAGAGAACAUUGUUGGCCGGGAUUUCCUGCCUCGUGGUUCCGGAAUUGUCACUCGGAGACCCCUCGUACUGCAACUUAUCAACAGGCCCGCUGGUUCGCAAACAAACGGUGUGAAGGAGGAGGCCCUGGAGACGACGGAUAAGGAGGCCAACAUCGACGAGUACGGCGAGUUUCUUCACAUCCCCGGCCAGAAGUUCUACGAUUUCAACAAGAUCCGCGAGGAGAUUGUGCGCGAAACCGAGUCCAAGGUCGGUCGCAAUGCCGGUAUCUCGCCCGCUCCUAUCAACCUGCGAAUUUACUCGCCUAAUGUCUUGACCCUCACACUCGUCGACUUGCCCGGUUUGACCAAGGUCCCCGUGGGUGACCAGCCCAAGGAUAUUGAGCGUCAGAUCCGUGACAUGGUUUUGAAGUACAUCAGCAAGCCGAACGCUAUCAUCCUGGCCGUCACGUCCGCCAACCAGGAUCUGGCCAACUCGGAUGGUCUGAAGCUGGCGCGGGAGGUCGACCCGGAGGGUCAACGCACGAUCGGUGUGUUGACCAAGGUCGAUUUGAUGGACGAGGGUACCGAUGUUGUGGAUAUUCUUGCGGGCAGGAUUAUCCCUCUGCGUCUGGGUUAUGUGCCGGUCGUCAACCGUGGUCAGCGUGAUAUUGAGAACAAGCGGCCUAUCGCAUAUGCCCUGGAGCACGAGAAGAACUUCUUCGAGGGUCACAAGGCUUAUCGCAACAAGUCAUCGUACUGCGGAACUCCUUAUCUCGCCAGGAAAUUGAAUUUGAUCCUUAUGAUGCACAUUAAGCAAACCCUUCCCGAUAUCAAAGCGCGCAUUUCGUCCUCCCUUCAGAAGUACUCCUCGGAACUGUCACAGCUCGGUGACUCGAUGCUCGGAAACAGUGCUAAUAUCGUCCUCAACAUUAUCACGGAGUUCAGCAACGAGUACCGCACAGUGUUGGAGGGAAGCAACCAGGAGCUGUCUAGUAUCGAGCUGUCCGGCGGUGCGCGUAUCAGCUUCGUGUUCCAUGAGCUCUACUCCAACGGUAUCAAGGCCGUCGACCCAUUCGACCAUGUGAAGGACAUUGAUAUUCGCACCAUCCUCUACAACUCCUCUGGUCCCUCACCAGCACUGUUUGUGGGCACCACUGCUUUCGAAUUGAUCGUGAAGCAGCAGAUCAAGCGCCUGGAGGACCCCAGCUUGAAGUGUAUCUCGUUGGUCUACGACGAACUUGUCCGCAUCCUGGGUCAGCUCCUGAACAAGUCGCUGUUCCGGCGCUACCCCAUGCUGAAGGAGAAAUUCCACGCGGUUGUAAUUGGCUUCUUCAAGAAGUCCAUGGAGCCGACCAACAAGCUUGUGCGUGACCUGGUCAACAUGGAGGCGUGCUACAUCAACACGGGUCACCCUGAUUUCCUGAACGGACACCGCGCCAUGACUAUCGUCAACGAGCGUCAAACCGCAGGCAAGCCGACUCAAGUGGACCCGAAGACUGGCAAGCCUCUGCCCCCGCGGGCGAACAGCCCGUCGGUUGAGGUUCCUGUGGACAACACCAACUCCGGUGGGUUCUUCGGCAGCUUCUGGGCUUCGAAGAACAAGAAGAAGAUGGCUGCCAUGGAGCCGCCACCGCCGACCCUGAAGGCGUCUGCCUCUUUGUCGGAGCGGGAGAGCGUGGAGGUUGAGGUCGUCAAGCUCCUGAUCACUUCGUACUUUAACAUUGUGAAGCGGACCAUGAUUGAUAUGGUGCCCAAGGCCAUCAUGUACACUCUCGUCCAGUUCACCAAGGAUGAGAUGCAGCGCGAGCUUCUCGAGAACAUGUACCGCAACAGCGAGCUGGACGACCUGCUGAAAGAAAGCGACUACACGGUCCGCCGGCGGAAAGAGUGCCAGCAGAUGGUGGAGAGCCUUUCCCGGGCCAGCGAGAUCGUCAGCCAGGUUCAAUAA